GCCGUCACCUACGAGACGUGCUGGGGCUACUACGACGUGAGCGGCCAGUACGACAAGGAGUUCGAGUGCAACAACAGCGAGAGCGGCUACCUGUACUGCUGCGGCACCUGCUACUACCGCUUCUGCUGCAAGAAGCGCCAUGAGAAGCUGGACCAGCGCCAGUGCAACAACUACCAGAGCCCCGUGUGGGUGCAGACGCCCAGCACCAAGGUGGUGUCGCCGGGGCCCGAGAACAAGUACGACCCCGAGAAGGACAAGACCAACUUCACCGUCUACAUCACCUGCGGGGUGAUCGCCUUCGUCAUCGUGGCCGGCGUCUUCGCCAAGGUCUCCUAUGAUAAGGCCCACCGCCCUCCGCGGGAGAUGAACAUCCACAGGGCUCUGGCUGACAUCUUGAGACAACAGGGACCAAUCCCCAUAGCACACUGUGAAAGAGAAACGAUCUCGGCCAUCGAUACCUCCCCCAAGGAGAGCACACCGGUCAGAUCGUCCUCCAAAAACCACUACACCCCCGUGCGCACAGCCAAGCCGCCUCCAGGACAUUAUGGGAAGGAUGCUUACCGAAGUGGAGGAGCUGAUCUCCAUAACUUCAUCUCAUCCGGAUUUGUCACAUUAGGAAGAGGACACACGAAGGGUGAUCAUCAGUAUAACCAUCCGAUUUUAAGCAGUGCUACCCAGACCCCUGCACAUGAGAAGCCACGAAUGAACAACAUCCUGACAUCAGCCACUGAGCCCUACGACCUCUCCUUCUCCCGCUCCUUCCAGAACUUGGCUCACCUGCCCCCAUCCUACGAGUCCGCAAUGAAGAGCCACCCCAGCAAGUACUCUUCCCUGAAGAGGCUAACCGACAAAGAGGCUGAUGAGUAUUACAUGAGGAGGCGGCACCUGCCCGACCUGGCGGCCCGCGGCACCCUCCCCGUCAACGUCAUCCAGAUGUCCCAGCAGAAGCCCUCCCCGGAGCGGCGCCUGCCCGACGAGUUCCGCAUGCCCUAUGAUCGCAUCCUGUCGGACGAGCAGCUGCUGUCCACGGAGCGCCUGCACUCCCAGGACCCUCUGCUGUCCCCCGAGCGGACGGCCUUCCCCGAGCAGUCCCUGGCCAGGGCCAUCUCGCACACGGACGUGUUCGUGUCCACGCCCAUGCUGGACCGCUACCGCAUGACCAAGAUGCACUCCCAUCCCAGUGCCUCCAGUAACUCCUACGCCACGCUGGGCCAGAGCCAGACGGCGGCCAAGCGCCAGGCCUUCGCCUCGCGCAGACACAACACGGUGGAGCAGCUGCACUACAUCCCCGGCCACCACACCUGCUACAGCGCCAGCAAGACCGAAGUGACCGUGUGACCCCCUGGACAGGCCCGGCGACUGGCGGAGCAGGGCGGGCAGGAGGGGCCUGGGGCGGCGCUUCUAGCCCCCUGGGCUCCCGUCCCUUGUUCCUUCUGCAGGAGGUGGGGGUGGGCUAUCUUCACCCGAAAGCCAUACUCCCCGGCACAGCAUGUGGCCUGGCACAGCUGCACAGACCUGGGAUCAGGGCAGUCACUCCCUCUCCCAGGAGAGUCCGGGGGGUGAGGAGCGGGACUAAGCCCAGUCACACCCCCACCCCAACCCCAGCAAUCCUUCCAGUUCCACGUCCUCUCUCCCUUCCUGGGGCUCAGCUGCAGGCCUGUCAGCCAGGAGGCCCUGGCCUGACCCCGGCGGAAGCUGCCUGGGUUUGAACUGGCCAGCGGGUGCAAUCAGUGGCUGACCGAAUAGGCUACUCGGUCUCAUUCAUUUACCUAGAACCGCACCACAGGAAUCUUCUAGUGCCUAAAACUGCCUGCGCGCUCCGGAGCCAGGGAGCUGCUGUGUCCAUAAGCACAAUCCGAUCUCCUCGGCCUGCUGGACUCGGACCCACUGAGUGGCCCUUCCUUUGCUGAGCCCCUGAGGCCCCACCCUGAACCCUGCCCCUCCCCCAAGCCCUGGAUGAGGGACUCCCCCAAGUCCCUUUCUUCUGCUGCCUCCCCACUGUUGGGAAGCCUGCCCAGUUCCAGCUGCCUGCCCCACCCACAGGGUCAGUCAUCCUCUUCUGGGGGGACUUUGCCCCUCCCCUAGCCCCAGAUGUUUCACCCUGAAUUCCCCAGGGCAUUGCUCCAGCCCCCUCAGAAGAGGGUAUCUAGGAGGUGCAGGGACUGUUGGGACACUCUCCCUAGCAACCCGAUUAUCUCCACACUUCCUCCAGGCCUCUAGGUCUGAACUAUGACCCACCACUCAGGCCUGCCUUCCCCUCCCCUACACUGCCCCCUGGAGGCUUCUGCCAUGGCCAGACAGCUGCAGGUGGGGAGGCCACUGUGACGCCCAAGGUCUCAGGGGCUGCUGUUCCCAUCAUCCAGGGGUCCCCCUGUCUCCCAGCACGCAGGUCAGACAGGAUGGAGACAGCGGCUUCUGAAGAGGGGCAGCCCCGCACCCCCUCCCCGUCAAGGAGGGCGUGCGUAGUAGUCCUGGACCUCAUCCACUCCUCCGUCCCCAUAACUGCCCACCUUCUGACCCCAUCUUGGUGUGGAAUUUGCUCUCUGCCUGUUUCCAGCCCCCACCUCCUGCAGCUCCAUCAUUCUCUCCUGGCUGCUGCUUCUUCAGACCAGUGCCUCCUCUGGGUCAAAGGGACAGAGGCUCAGUAGCAAAUGCAAAUAAUGGUACUCCAGGGAUUGGUCUGGGGCUAACUGGGCAGCACCCCAGUCUCUCCCCUGCAGGGGACACAGGCCCCAGGCAAAUCGACUCCCUCAGCUCUGUUGGGGGGCCAGCUCCUGCCGGCCUAUCUCAGCCCCUUCCUUGCCUCCAGAUGGGGCAGGGCAGGAUGUGACCGCCUCCUGGAGACUGGACGGUGAGCUAAGCAGCAUCCACUCCCUCAAGACCAGAGCCAGUGGGGAGAGAAGGGGCUCCCCCAUUCUCAGGGCCAGGGCACCUCCCUGGGCUGGGGCUGGGGCUGGAGAAAUCAGCUCCAAACUAUUGGGAGAAGGUCUGAUACUAAAAACGUGACUCUCCACAGUCAGACUCCGGAAACAAUGACCUUGAACUGGGAUUCUAGAUUCCCCCAGUUCUGCAUGUAAUAUGUACGGCCCUUAAAAAGGGAGGCGGGGAUGGGGCAGGAGAGCUCCCCAGUGUCAGCCCUGGGAUUUUCUAGUCUAACCCAGUCCACAACCACAGAGAAAUCAAUUGACUGAUUCCUCUGACUUAUUUCAAGAAUUCCAAAGCUCUUGUCUCCUCCCAAGGCUCCCAUAAUCACAUAAUCAUGAGGGUAUUAGGGCUCAGGGUGGUGAACACAGCCCUCAGCUCCCCCACUGGGGUAGUGUCCUGUGAGGCUGUGAGGACAGGGAUAGCUCUGCUUUCCUCCCCUACAAACACAUAAACCUUCCCAAGGGCUGGCCCCUGGGUUUAUGAGAGUUUGUUCCAGAGGGGAGGCUAAGAGGAUUAGGCUGGAGGAAAUCACCCUAAAUAGAGCAAUUGGCCCAUCCCAGAAACAAAGGAGUGUCUCUCACAGCUGGUCCCUAAACCCACUGCCCUCUAAUCCAGCCCCGGGCCAGUCCCUGGAAGGCUGCCUGUUGGUGCAGAGGGGAAAGGAUAUGGGUGGGUGAGAAAGGCCUCCCCAUGUGUCUAUACACACUACUCUCCAAACCAGAAACCUGAUCUCAUCUCUCUCAUCCUGUGAGACGCAUCUUGGCACCAGUUCCCCAGGCCUCAGGAUGACAUUUCUCCUAGGCCCUGUCUUUCUGUCUCAGGGGUUGUUUGAAAGAUUGAUUCCAAAAUGUCUCUCAUCCCAGCCUUACCGUUAUCCAGUGUAAAACCUCUGGGGUGAGUCAGAUCAGAAAAUCCUACCUGAGCCCCAACUUCUUUUCAAUGAUUCUUCUGCUUCACGCUGGGGUCCGGGAGGAAAGGAGGGAAGAGAAAGAGAGAAGUCCACAGAUUUACUUCAAUUCAGUCCAUAAAAUGACAUCUUAAUUAGAACACACAAGUGUCUCACUCAUUUGGUUGGUCCAUCCAAGUUUGCAGAACAAGCAAAGCCACAUUACUAGACAAGUUCAGGCAGCAGAUAAGCAAGGGUUCUGGGAUUAGAACCCAGAUGUCACGACUUCUGCCCCACCAGGCCCUGCCCCACAAUGAAAGUCCCCCUCCCCUAGCAAGGGAAGCCCAGAGUCCAGAAUGUUCCUCUGCUUGCUUUGUUCUUUGUGCGAGUCUCCAUUGAUCUGAUUGGAAUGGACUGGGAUCUGCCAGGUUCUCUCCUGCCCUGAACAUUCUUGCUGGUUCCUUGGCCUUCGAUAACAGCGAAGCUCCCACAAUCCCCCAUGCCUUCCCACUUUCCCCGUCUUGCUCCUCCAGUUAACUCUUGACUCCCUGAGUUCCUAAGUCACAGAGGCUUUCCCAAGAAUUCUGUUAACCCCCUCACUUGGCUCCCCAGUCUCUUGGGUGAUGGGUUUGCCUUCUAGAAAGUUCCAAAUCUUUUCAUUCAAAUUUCUCCUUUUUUCCACUCUCCCACUCCAAAACUCUUUCAUACACUCAGUCUUUUAUGCUAGUUAAGUCUUUCCUUCCUCUCAUCUCCCUGGCCUUGCCCUCUUCCUUAACUUACCUUUCUUCAUCCCUAAUUUCUUUUCCUUGGUCUUGCUAUACUUUCUAGUUGUAACACCUACAGCUCUCAGUGAAAACAUUUAAAGAAUGAGACAUUCAGAUCUUUUUGCCUCGUUGGUUUAUCCUUCCCCUCCUGCCCCUGGGAGGUGAUGCCCCAGGGCAUGUAGCCAAGGGCUCCUACCCUGGUCUUCUGGAGGGAAGCCAGAGAAGCUGCCCUGGCAGAGGUAUCUCUGCCAGGCCCACCCCCUAAGCCGCUGUCCCAGCCUGCCCUAGCCCAGAGGUUCCUACUCUGGCCAAAGUUCAUAUCCUUGAGGGCUUUUGGCCACUGUUCCACCUCACACCUGUCCUGCUUGUGUGUCACAGAUCUCCCUGUCCCAAAAUUCUGGAUGGCCUCAUGACUCCCCAAGUGUGGGGAAAUAUCCAUUCCAACAACCCUGCCACCAAAAGAUCCAUUUCUUCAGAGAUACCUUGUCUGCCACCAGCCAUCCAUCCUCCGACUCCAUCCACAGGCAACUGUGAACUUGACCCCAGGUAUUCUGAAAGGGCUGCUGGGCCCUAGAAGGCACGGCUUUGGGAAGCGUUGACAUGUUACCUCCCGCAUACAUUCAUCCACCAUCUUCCCUAAACCUGGGAAACUUUGCUCUGAAGUAUAUUCAAGGAAGCUUGUUGUGUUUUAAUGAAGUAUUUUUCAGGGUUCAGAUGCUAUUUUUUAUAAAUGCAGCAUUUUAAUGACAGAGUCAGUAUGAAAGAUAUGUCUUCCUGAGCUCUAUAUUUGAUUUCGGAAGGAAGCAUACUACAGGAGGAAAAAGCUCGGGGCCGAGUCUCUUGGAUACACUUCUGCCCUGGCUUUGUCUCCAUCUUGCCGUGUGACUGAGGACAAGCCCUAUUCUUGCUCAGUGCCUCAGUUUCCUGUAAAAUGAGGGGCUUUGACUAGAUGAACUCUGAAGUUUCAUCCAGCUCUUACAUGUUAGGGCUUUCAUUAACCUUCUUUCUUCACCUUCCUCCCCCAUCCCAACUGAGCUGCAUGGUUCCCAUUAAGGCUGCCCCACGGUGACAACCUUAGAUGCCCUAGACAGCCACCAGACUCCUCACCGGAACCUGGGUGGGCCCAGGGUCUUGGCCACCUAGGGAUGCUCUCAUAUCUGAAGGUGUAAGGGCCUACCCAUUCAAUAGGUUACCCACCGUGUGUCAUGGAAGUCCUCACAUAUAGACACGCCUAAGUCAUCUAUGGUAUCUGUGUCAUUGGGAAAUUCUGAAUUUGAAAUUUUCACUUUGAUGUGGUCCUUAAAGCUGGAGGGAGGGAGUUCUGAUUUCAAAGAGAGGAUGGGCUAGAAGAGAAAGGUCCAGAGGUUGGCCUACAAGGGCAUGAUGUUUGUAUUUGAGAUCAGUGGGGACUGCAUUCCAAGCCACAGAGGAGCGUUCACGGCGGAGGCUCUGUGUGGCAAUGGAUGUCAUAUCCCCCUCCAGAACCUGGGUCCUGAAGACUGAGUCUGGACACUGGGCUUCGUUCCAGCUGGAGGAAGGGAAGCAUCACCUCUGGGCUGCUAGGAGUUGGGCAUCCUAGUACCUCACUAGCCCCUCCGUGGGACACCAUUGUCCUCCCGGUGAAAGCUUGUGAAGCAAGAUUGAGAGUCCAAGUCAGUAUCAUCAAACCCAUCUUGUAAAUCAGCAAACGCACCAACCUUCAUCCAUCAGAGAAAUGACGUUACAUGUUCCCUUCAUGUCCUUCCUGAGGGAGAGGGAGAACCCUGCUCAACUCUGCUGCCCGCUCCGCUGGGACCCUCGAGUGCCACUCCAUGGGAGGACUCAUUCAUGUGCUUCAUAGUGGCAAAUAUUCCUCUAGUUCUGUAACUCAACUAGACAUUUUGUAGUAAAGAAUUCUUGAAAUUCUCUAAUAAAAAGCAAUUCUUACUGUAAUAUUUUUAGUUUGGGGACACAAUUUCCUAAGGGGGGAUUAAUGAACAUUUUUACGCAUUACCCCAAUUUAUGGAUUCCGUGUUUAUUAUAUGGUAGCACUGAUGGAAGUACCUUUCUGUCUGUACCUUGCAGUUUCUUCAUCCCCAUCAGCAAGCUUCGUGAUGAGCAGUGCUCUCGUCACUGCUGCUCUGUACAAAUCUCAUCGUCCUACUUACCUGUCAAAGCACAUUCUAUAUGUACUGUAAACAGAUAUCACUUUAGUAAGAUUUAGUCAAGGAUUUUUCCACUUUUGUCAGUAACAUAUAUUUAUGGAUUAAAAAAAUAAAGCUGUUUCAACAUAA